AUGUUUAAUGAUUUAAGAUAAAAUAAUAGAAAUUAUGAAAAUCAGAGUAUAAAUAAGAGUAGAUCAGAAGAAUAAUAGAAAUAGAAAAUAAAGAUUGGGUCAAUUUUAAAAAGUUAUGAGUCUUUAAAAGAAUGGUCUGAUUUAGGAUAAGUAAAUUAUCAUCAUAAUAUAUUAGUGGUUAUUGAAAUUAUAAGGUGUGUUUUAGACAUACUAAGGAUCGUAUAUUCCGAAGAAAAAAUUAUUAUGUAAAAGAUUAGCAUAAUGUCUAAGUCCUAUUUGGAAUAAAGCAAUUCAUGAAAAUGCUUUAGUGAUUUACGAUUUAAUUUUAAAAAUACUAACCUCAAAUAGUGAGUAUGACUUAGUUUAAGAUUUACCUUUAUUUUCUCUUGGUUUAUUUCCUUUUUUUGGAUUUGCAUCAAUUUAAUGUAAACCAAUGUUUUUGAAUAUUCUUGAGAAAUAUUAUUAUCCCUUAUAAAAAGAUCUUUUGCCUUGUAUGGGUGGAUUAAUAAGUUCAAUAAUAGUUGGAAUGGAAGAUACAAAUGAAGAAAUGAUGAAAAAAGUAAUUUAUAAUAAAUUAAUUUAGGUUAUGAAUUCAUUGGAUUAAGCUGCUGAUAGUAUAGGACUAAAGUAGUUUUUUGGUUUAUUAUGGGUAUCUAUAAUUAGAUCAGGAAGAUGUAGAUUAGGUGCUUAUAAAUAUUUAAUGAAAAGAUGGACUAAAUAAUAAUAAAUAGAUAAUGAAAAUUGUAAUCUAUUAGAAGAUGAUAAAAUGCCUAAUAAAAAAGCUUUAGUUAUUAAUGCAUUAUUAGCUUCUUUAGAAGAUGAAUCAACUCUUGUUAAAAGAGCUGCUCUUGAUUUUAUGUGUUUAUAUUGUAAAAUCUCAGAAAAUGUCUUUUAAGAAUAAGAAAAUUUAAUUUUAAUAGAAUAAUGUUUAUUGCUGUUUAUUAAAUUAGAUCAUGCUGUUGUAAGAAGAAUCAAUAAUUGGUUCUUUGGAGAAGAUGAAUUAAAUGAAAAUAUGUAAAUUGUAUUAUUUAUUUAAACUGCAUUAUAAAGGAUUUUGAUUGCUGAAUAAAGUGAUCCUUUAAAAAUUUUAUAAAAUUGGUAUAUGUAACAUCCAGAAACUGUCUCUAUGACAUUAUUUUAAAUUGGAUUCGAUUUAGCUAAAUUUAUAUAUAAAAAAACCAUACUCUAUUAAGAAACUUAAAAUGAUAAACUUUUAGAAUUGUAAAAAGCAAGUGAAAGAUUAAUUGAAAGUAUUUCUAGUUAAAGUGAAUUAAUUUUAAAAUCUAUAUAUGAACAUUUAAAAAAAUUUAUGAUUGCUGAAAAAUAAGAUUAAACUAAAGAAUGUAUUUCAAUUAUUGAUUUUUGUUUAAAUAAUAUGAUGAGAUCAUAAUUUUCUGAUUUAAGUAAAAUUGAUGAUAUUAUUCUUUUUCAAUAAAGAACUACUUGUUUAUAUGAAUUCUUUGUUUUAUCACUUAAAGAAAUUAUGAAUAUAUAAAUUGAAUAUUUGUUUUAAAUUCUAAUUCCUCAACAAUUGUUAACAUAAACUUUAGAUUGCAUUAAUAAAAUUAGAUAAAGAUUAGAAUUAUUGGAAAAUGAAAGAGAUUUAACAAUAGCUUUAGGUAGUAAUUAUGAUAGAACUUCCAAUUUACCUAAAAAUUCCACUAAUCUUAUUGAUUAAAUGGAUGUUGGUAUUAUUUCACAAUUUUGUAAUUAUUAUGUUCAAAUUAAUAAAUAUUCUAUUGAAAAUGAAUAAGAAGCUCUAUUUCCUCUUACUUCUUAAAUUCUACUCAGAUCUUAAUUAUUUUUAAUGAAACAUGCAGAUAUAUAACAUUCAGAAAUACCAAAUUGGUUAUCUUAAUUAUUUAAUUCUUUAGAAAAAGGAACAAAUAAAAUUAGUUUAUGUUCAAUAGAAACAGUUAUUGAAUUACUUAAACAAGCUUAAAUUCAUUAAAAUGUUUUUCUCUUAACUGAAAUGAUUACUAGAAGUAGUUAUAAUGAUAUUUAACCAUUUGAAAAAAUGGAAUCUUUAUCUAUGGAUAAUACUUAAUAUGAUUAUAAAAGUAAUUAAGAUGAAAAAAACUAUAUAAAAUAAAUGUUUCAAAAGUUAUGGCUUCUUUUAGAUCAUAAUUAUCAUGAUUAAUUAGCUGUUGAAUUCAUUUUAUAUAUAGCAGAAAGAUUUUAACACAUUUUUGUUUAUGUUAUAGAAAACGCAUUAAAAUAAGGAGAUUAAAGGAGAUAUUAAAUAUUUUGUAGAAUUACUAAUGUGUUCUAUAAAAAACAUCCUAAAUUAAAUACAGGUGUAGGAAUUUUACAAAUGUUGAAUUAUUUAGAUCAUGAAAAUCCUUUAAUUCGAUAUAAUACAAAAACAUGGCUGAGUGAAUCUGCCCCUUUUUUUUUUAGAAUAAUUGAUCCAAUCAUUCUAAGAUUAGAAUUUAUUUUAAAAGAUAUAUAAAAAAACAAGGAAUAUUCUUUAGAAUUGGCUGUUGAUACGAUUAAAAAAUUACAAAGAAUCUAUGUAUCUAAAGAAUGGUUUUAACCUUAUAUAGAAAAAACAAAGCCAACAUUUUGUUAGGAUGAACACUUAAAUACAUAUUAUAAAUUAAUUUGCCAUAUUCUAAUCUAAUUUGUUUUAGCUGAUUUUAAUAACAACGAAUUUUCAAAAAUUAAUGCAACAAGUGCAGAAUUACUCGAAAAUGUUAUUAAUUUUACAAUUGAUAAUAAAAAUAAAAUUUAAGUAUUACUUCUUUAUUUUAAUUCUGUUUUGUAGAAAUUUGAGUAAGUAAUUUAAAAAAAUGAUUAAUUGCUAUAAUUAUAGUUACUCAAUUUGAUAAAAGUAUUUUUGUUAAAUACUUAUGAAUUAGAAAAAUAUUUAUCAUAGUAACAUAGAAAUGAAUUGAUUGUACUUUAUGAAUAACCAUAAUUUUUUUAAAAUCUUAUGGUUGGUUUAUAAUCAUCAUAAGUUUAUUUUUUAAAAUAAAGAUACUUAAAUACAAUAGUUGUAGGGGUUUAUUCAAUAAGUUAACUUCUACCUCCUAGAAUAAUUACAGAAAAAAUUUAAAUAAUAGUUAUAACAAUGUUGAAAUUAUUAGAAGAAUGUGAAUAUAACUAAAAUAAUUUUGAAGGAAUUUCUUAGAGAAAAUCAACAAAUUUAUAGAUCCUAAAAGUAUUUAAAUAAUAAAUAAAUAAUAAUUUUUAAUAGUUUAAUAUUUAAUAACUUAACUUUGAUUAACUUCAUAUUAAAUCAGGUUUAUCAGGAGAUGAUUUUGAAGAAGUUAUGUCUUUAUCUAAUUCUAUAAGAGCUAUAAUUAGUUUUUUUUUUUAAUUCAAAUAUGAUACAAAAGAUCUCGAUUAAAGACCUAAUGCUGCUGGUGUAUUAGUUGAUUUAUUUACAUUAAAUUUAUUUUUCAAAAAGACAGAUAAAAGCUAAAUGUUAACAUAACCAUAAUUUUAAAAUUAUUCAGAUACUUGUUAAAUGUUACUUAAAUUAUUUCCUUAAAUAUUGUAAUCUUAUUUGGAAUGUUGGAGAUGUACAUUAAAUUGGGAUCAUUUAUCUAAUAUGGGCUGUAUUGUUUAUGAAUAUGAAAAAUUCGAUUAAUUUAAUAAGUUAUUGAAAGAUCAAUUAUAAAAAUCAGAAUAAGAGUAUACAGAUGAAGAUUAAAUAAAACAUUCAAUUUUACAGUUACUAAGACCUUGUUCAGUUCAUUUUUAAUCAAAUUUAAUUUCAUCUAUUUUAGAGUUAUGGUAAAGUUAAAUUAAUAUGAAUAAAAAUGGAUUAAAGAUAAGUUAGAAUAUGUGCAAAUUGAUUGAGUUAUCAAUAACUUUAUAAAUAGUUCCAGAUGAAUUUAUGGUUGCAUUUGUUCGUACUAGAUAAGUUCAAAUAAUUAUUUAAUAUUAUCAAAAACAUAAAUAUAAAAAAGGUUCCUAUUAUUAUAAUUAUGAAUAAGCCAAAUUUGAGAAUGAAGUUUUAUUCUUUCUAUAUACUUACAUGUCUUCAGUUUAAUAUUAAAAUCUAAAGAAUAAAGAAUUAAUUAAAUUAUGGAAUGUAUUUCUAAGUUUUUCAAAAUGUCUUCUGUAAUCUAGACAUAUAAAUACAGUUUGUUAUGUAUUGGAAAUUAUAUAUAUGUUGUCUUGGAAGUUUUCUCCAAAAGAUGUUCUUGAAGAAUUUAGAAAAGAGUUACAUACUUAAAUAAGAUAAAAUUUGGUGAUUUUAGCUGAAAUUGCUUCAUUCCAAUAUAAAUAUUUAACUCAACCCUAUCACUAAGAUACUAUUGUAGAUUUAUAAAUAGAUAAAAAGUUCUAAAUGAUUAUUCCAUUUACUCCAACUAUUUUUGAAUUAUACGAAGAUUAUAAGAUUUCAUCGAAUUGUGAAAAAUCAUACGAAUUAUAAAAAAAUUAUCAAAUUUAAUAAUUUUUAUUUGACUCUUUUAUAAAAAAGGUUUUAAAUUUAACAGAAUCUGAAUUUUCAAAUAAAUGUUCAAUCAUUGCUAUAAAAACUUUAAAAAGACUAUCAUAAGUUACUUUAAUAAACACCUAUGAAGUUUCUAGAAGUGAAAGAAUAAUUGAAAAUACAAGAGAAUUUAUGGUAUUUAUUUUCCCUUUAAUUGAAAAUAAAGAAAAUUAAAUCAUUGUUGAAACUGCAUCAGAACUUUUAUGUACUAUCUUAAAACACAAUAAAGAUAUAUUACCUUAAAUAUAUUUAAAUGAUAUAUUAGAUAUCUUUAAUAAAUAAGAUUUUUUUAAAUGUACUGGUAGAUGUCUUAAAUUUUGGACAGAAAUCAUUGACAUUAUUUCAGAUAAAAAUGAUAUUCUUUCUGACCAAUUAGGAAAUAAUUCUAAAUUUUUUUAAGGAUUUGCAGGUUUAUUUAAAAGUAAAUCUGCAGAAAUGAUGAAAAAGACUAAAGGAUUUGAAAGAGUUUGUUUUAUUAUAUACUCUGGAGGAAUCGAUAAAUAUUAAUCCAAAUUAACUACAUUAUUAGAUGCAAUAUUAUCUGUUAUAAAAGAUAUUAAUUCUUAAGAUGCAGCAAUAUCAAUUUUAAUUAUAUUUUGUAUAAGAAUUCUUGUCUUAAGAUUAAGUCAAAAUUCUUUAACUUAAGUUUUUAGAUAAAUCUGGCCAUAUUUGGUAAGUAUGUUAAUGUAAAUAUUUGAUAGAAAAGGAAAAUAAGCUAAUCCCUUUUUAUUAAUAUCUGGUUUAAAAUUAAUUGAACUUUUCUCAUUAUUUUAAUUAGAAGAAUUUUAUUUUUAUGAAUGGAUAUUUGUUUUUGAUUGUAUUAAUCACAUUUUAUUAUUAUAUAGAUUUUGGAAUCACAAUUAAUCAUAAUCCUGUUUAGGAACAACAAUAGCAAAAAGUAAAAAUUGAGUCACCUUACAAAUUUAUUCCUUAUAUGGCUUAUCAAUUUCCAAAAUUAUCUGAGUAUUCUGUUGAUUAUGAAUGUAAAUUAUAUUCUGAGUAAUUUCAAUCAAAUUUAAAUAAAAAAAAAAGAUUAAUUAAAAUUAAGGAUAUUUAAGAAGCUGAUGUAUAAUUUUAAAUAAUUGCAUAUAGGAAUUUGAACCAAAAUUAAGACAGUAAGCUUUAAAUCUAUGCUAACAUUUAAUAGAUAUUAAUCAAUAGCGAAUGAUAAUAUCACCAUAAUCUUUAGAGCAAAUAAUAGAAGAGGAGUUUAUUAGUUUAGAUGAUUAUAUAAGUAGAAUAUAAUGA